CGGCGUCUGCAGCUGGGCCAUGGAGGAUGGCUUCGCUCCCGCUGCAGCUGGUGGUGCUCGGCGCGGUGCUCUGUGUGCUGCUGGUGGCCGUAGCCCUGAUACUGAUUUCCUUUGUUGCAUUUAUAACUGCUACGGAAAUGCCACCCCUUCAUCGACAUGAAGAAGAAAAGUUCUUCUUAAAUGCCAGAGGACAGAAGGAAACUCUACCCAGCAUAAGGGACUCACCUACUAAACAACUUUCUAUUGUCGUGCCUUCAUACAAUGAAGAAAAACGGUUGCCUAUAAUGAUGGAUGAAGCUCUGGGCUAUCUAGAAGAGAGACAGAAACAAGAUCCUACUUUCACUUAUGAAGUGAUAGUAGUUGACGAUGGCAGCAAAGACCAGACUUCAAAGGUAGCUUUUAAAUAUUGCCAGAAAUAUGGAAGUGACAAAAUACGAGUGAUAACACUGGUGAAGAAUCGUGGGAAAGGUGGUGCUAUUAAAAUGGGUAUAUUCAGUUCUCGAGGAGAAAAGAUCCUUAUGGCAGAUGCUGAUGGAGCCACAAAGUUUCCAGAUGUUGAGAAAUUAGAAAAGGGACUUAAUGAUCUACAGCCUUGGCCUGAUCAAAUGGCUAUUGCAUGCGGAUCUCGAGCUCACUUGCAAAAAGAAUCAAUUGCUCAGCGUUCUUACUUACGUACUCUUCUCAUGUAUGGAUUCCAUUUCCUGGUGUGGUUCCUUUGUGUCAAAGGAAUCAGGGACACACAGUGUGGGUUCAAAUUAUUAACUCGAGAAGCAGCUUCGCGGACGUUUUCAUCUCUACAUAUUGAACGAUGGGCAUUUGAUGUAGAACUGCUAUACAUAGCACAGUUCUUUAAAAUUCCAGUAGCUGAAAUUGCUGUAAAUUGGACUGAAAUUGAAGGUUCUAAAUUAAUUCCAUUUUGGAGUUGGCUACAAAUGGGCAAGGACCUACUUUUUAUACGACUCCGAUAUUUGACUGGUGCUUGGAGGCUUGAACAAACCAGGAAAAUGAAAUAGGUUAUUUGCCAUUUGCCAUCUUUGAUUGUAUUAUGUAUUAUUGUGACAUUAUUUCAUUUGAAUUAAAACUUUAAAUAAAGCAGGAAUAAACCUA